AUGAACGAGAAAAAAAUCACGGCCGUGAUAGAUCGACCAACAGAGAAAUUGAUUGUUACCGUGAUCAGGAACGAAAUCGUGAUCGUGAUCGCUACCGCGACAGUGAGAGACAACGUGAUCGCGAAAAGCACGGUGAUCGUGAUCGAGAUAGCAAACAGAACUAUAAACAAUGACGGUGCAAGCCUAGCAGAAAAGACACAAUUGCCAUGUUCUGAAACAACCAUAAACGUGGAAGCUGCUCAUAAUGCCAUUGGGAAUGAACCAGAUCAUACUUUAACGCUCGGAAAUACGGAACCAAGCAAUGACGUGCCGUUAGUCAACGAUUCGGUGGAUGAACUAACUCGCAAGAGCAACUUGUCAACACCAACAGUAGUUAAUAUUGAUACUGUAAACGAAAAAUCGGAUUCCGUGGCUUCCGAUGCCGUUUCAUCGACUGAUAACGCUUCGUAUAGCUUUGGCCUACGUGAUAAACGUUCCAAUAGUUGCUACACAGAUGUGUUGGAGAUCCCGGAACGUGCACCACCGGAAACAAUAUCAAUACAAACAUACUUUAUGAAUUUCAACGUACAAGAGGCUGAAAAUGAAGCGGUCAUAGGCAACGAACAAUGUUUGCCCUGUGUAGAGCCGGUUAGCGAAAACGGAUUAAUACCAUUGAACGCAGUGGCCGAUUUGUUUGAAGUCGAAGAAGCUAACGAGGUCCAAAAGAACCCCAAAACAUCUACUGCAGAGAUCGUACGUGAACGGUUACGGAAGAAGAGCAGUGCUACUUUACAAAAAGCAUCGCAUCCUAGCAGCGCUAUAUCGAUGCCUGUGAUUCCUCUGAAGCGCAGGUUAUCUAUUGACAGUGCAAGCAUAGCAAGCAAAAAGUAUAAACUUACUACCGUAGCACAAGUAGAUGGGGAAAAACUGUGCGUUUCGCCAUCUGGCAAACUUUCGUCUACGUACUUUUCGCAGAUUGAUUUACCAAUAACUUCUGCACUGGAUAGUAUACCGGCUAAGCUAAGAUCGCCGAAUUUUAAACAGAAAGGUUAUGAUAUGCAUAUGACACCAAUGGUAGUGGUUCAUUCGCCGGCUAAACCGUCGCAUGAAACGAACGGCAAUGUUCAAAGUAACUACUACUCCAUGCCUUUGGGCGAUCAAUCAUCGCUACAGAAUAUCAUGGACUCGCUGUUACAAACACCUAUUAAGAAUGAAUCGACCGAGAAUGCUUCACCACCACCGUGCGAAAACGGUGCGAUCGUUGAAGAAGAAGACAAAGGACAAAGCUUGGCUUCGAAAAAUUACGAACAUUUGGAAAUAUGUUCAACUCCGCUAAGCACUAAACCGUUGUCACGAUUUUCGCAAGAUGCUGGACAGACAAAUUCAUUAUUCCGUAAACCAUCGACUAGUAUAACGGAACAAAAAGGAACGUUCGGUGAACCUGGAGAUUCCCUCUUUCCUACAGACCUAGGCAAUGAUCGUAAAGAUGCGAAAAUUAAUAAGACGGAGAAAGUAUUAAACAAGGCUUCGUCGGAGCAUACAAAACAUGCUGGACAUAAACAAAAUCGUCAAAGUCCGAAGCAAAUAUUCAAUACGACAUCAGCAGUUCAAGAUAGUAGCUGUUUAAAUGUAAAUAAUAACUACAAAACUUCAUCGACUAAGGAAAAGAUCAAGAAUACGAACGUUGUGCCAGCAGAUACUGGCAAAAGCUCCGACAACGUCGUACAACAGGCCAGUAAAGCUUCUAACACUGCUGAUAUUUCGAUUAAUUUGCCACAAUCUACAGUGUUUAAAACUCCGGUAGUUAUAUCAAAAUCCUCACAUGUAAAAUCACAAACAACCGCUAACUCUACAAAAGGCGUCGAAAGUACGAAAGUGGAGGAUACGAACUGCAAAUUAGUGGAAAAUCCCCCGAGCAAAAAAGGACGUCAGAAGCCGACGGUAAGUGUUGAUGCAAAAGCAGGAAGAAGAACAAUGACUCGAAGCUUAGCCAUACCAUCGACGAGUAAUUCUGGCUACAAAGUUGUUAGUGAUCCAUCCACAAAAUACCAAUCAGCGGCGUCACGAAAACGGCCUAGACAGCAAAAGAACGACGAUGAAAAGCGAGCAGAUGUAAUUGGAAUGAAGAUACAGGAUGAAAAAGACAAAGCCCCGGUUAUAAGUGUCAUUGAAAAUAGGCAGCCAGUAGUGGGUUGCAGUUAUACUAAAAUUGGAAAAUGUGACCAACAGGACCCUCAGCCGAUUGUAACUGCCAACAGUGUACAGAGACUUAAUCCGCAAACUCAACCGGAACUAUCAGUGCCAGUCAGUAUGUUGUCGACUACCAACACAUGUGAUAAGAAAAUCGUUGAAGCAGAACGUUCUCAACGCGUAAUAAGCAAUGUUACCCUUAACCUAUCUCUAGCGGACAACGAGACAUAUAGUCCCAGCAUUCGUAAGCGUGACACACCGGUACAGCAUGUUCGAGAAAUGCGAAUAGUUAAAGAAAGCCCUUCAUUAAUGCGAGUUUUUAUAACGAGAAAAUAAUAUACGUUCCGAAGUUGAUGUGUUAGGUGAGGAAUUGUAUGAAAAAUUGAUUUGUUAUGCUCUGAGUCACGUACUACAAAGACUGAACUUUUGUUAAACGCUUUAAAACAAAUUGGAAUAAAAUGUAUUUUUAAUUAUUUGCUAAACGAAA